UUUUUAUUGCGUAGCGAGAUUCUGUCACUGGCCAGGAGCCCGGACCAGUAGACUUCUAUAAGGGAACUCACUGUCGGCAGGCGAUAGGAUCUUGGGUAUAUCCUAGAGCCAGCGAGAUUAGGGAGGAGAUGGACACCUUACGCAGUCAGCCCACUCCCGAUGGUAUCAGCAGAGUGAGCCAGAGAUCCUGAGUCAGGUGCUUGGCACCCGUUCUAGAUAUAUGCGUGGGUUUGGCCAUGGUGCCAAGCUCAUGGCACCCGUUAGAGUUGCAUCUAGCCGAUCCAUCGUCGUUGGCGACAGCGCCGUACGCCGAGCUGAUACUGUAGAGAGAGAGGUUCAGGAGCUACGGGUCGUCGUUGAUGACAUCAAAGAUCAGCUGGACAGGCAAAGGGAGGAGCAGGAGAGGAAGAUGAUGGAUCAGCUAGUGAGGCAGAGGGAGGAGCAAGAGAGGAGGAUAGAGGAGGAGCUGGUGAAGCAGAGGGAGGAGCAGGAGAGGAGGAUGGAGGAGGAGCUGGCGAGGCAGAAGGAGGAGUAGGAGAGGAGGAUGGAGGAGAUGCGGGUCGAGCAUGAGCGACGGAUGAUGGAAAUGUUUCAGAUUAUCGCUGCACGCUUACCCACCGAUGCCCCACCACCUCCGCCUUCAUCUUUGUGAUUUUUUUUAUAUUUGUUUAUGAUUUUAAGUUUAUAUGUAUUUAUGUGUGGAUGAAUGUGAUGCAGAUAAGAUUGUUUGUGUUUGGAUGAAUGUAGU